AUGAGGGAGGCUACAAGUACACAAGCUGAAAGUCAACCUGUGGCAGCAGGUGUACCAGCCAUAAAAACACAUGAAGCUUCCAAACAUGUUAGGAGAUACCUAAGGAGAAGUAAAGAGCCGUUGUACGUCUGUCCCACAUGUGGAACACAGAUAUUUACAGAAAUAGGUGCCAAACGACAUGCCGAAAGGCACACAGAGUCAGCUAAAAGAUUUCAGUGUGGACAAUGCUCAAAGAACUUUCUACUACAGCAUGAGUACACGAGACACCCAUGUAUGACUAAAGGCAAGGUGUUCAAAUGUCAGGAAUGUCUGGCAGAAUUUAAGUCGCAACAGGGACUUCAGCUUCAUGAAUCAUCCCACAGCCAGAAAGUUGUUACAUGCAAGGAAUGCGGCCAACAAUUUGAUUCAUCCUACAAAUUGCGGUAUCACUAUGAAAAAGUACAUGAAUCACCAAUAAAAAAAUCAUGCCGUUUCUGCUGCAAAGAUUUCUGUACCAGAGCAGCAAGGAAGACGCACGAAGCAAUCUGUAAACACAAUGACAGACCAAAUCCAGUACUGCACAAAUGUCAUCAGUGUUCAAAAGUAUUCAAAUCAAAAUGGAAUCUAGCAAGACACACAUCAACACACUCAGACACAACACACUAA